GUUGUACAUGCGCACAGUAACCGGAAACAGCACGUGUGUGUAAAUUGUAAACAGUGGUACACAUGUAGUUAUGUCACGAUAUUUACUCGGGUGUUUACGACACAUAAACUAUUCUAGUGAUACACAGUUAUGUGUGCGUGCAUUAAGAAUACACAAUCACCGUGUGAUAUCCAAAUCGGUGAAAACAUCUUGUGGUUUUGCGAGAGGACACAACAAAUUGACUGGAAAAUUGCAUCAGAACACACUCCCGGAAGUGGGACAUCUUAACAUAAACUCGUGUGCAUUUCUGCAAGUUAGGCAGUUGUCGACAAGCAGCGUAUACUGGAAAGAUGACAAUAACGUUAACGGCCGGCAAGUUGACAACAGUAAAGGCACAUCCUCUUUAGGGCAAAUACAGGGGAAACUCCACAUAAAGUAUACAUGUAAAGUGUGUGGUACACGAAUGGCGCACACGUUCUCCAAACAGUCAUAUGAAAAAGGGGUUGUCAUAGUGACAUGUUCGGGAUGUAACAAUCACCAUCUAAUUGCUGACAAUCUCGGCUGGUUUGAGGACGUCGGUAAACGAAAUAUAGAGGAGAUAUUAGCGGAGAAGGGCGAGCAAGUCAAGAGGUUGUCGGCAGAUGGCAGUUCCAUAGAAAUCAGCUCAUCAGAAUUGAAUAAUAACGACGUAUAAACACGUUGUAAUGGAUUUUAUGUGAUUUGAAUAACAACCAGAACUCCCGUACAACUAGUUUAGUUUGUAAUUUAUAUGGACGCUUUCAUUUGUUAAACAGAUUGUUUGUUUAAUAAAUCAAUCUUUACAAAGUGUGCUGUUUCGUCUCUUCUACGUGACAUUAAAAAUCGCAAAACACA